UAGUAAUGGCGCCGUCCUGUGGUGUAUUUUUGAGGACAAGGGCACGUUCCGCUGUCACUGUCAGUAGCGUUGUUUUCACAUGUAAGAGGCAAACAUGGCGAGGUUUCUGAGGCCUAGCAUCAGGACUUUUGUCACUUCACAGCUGAGAAUGUCAUCCGACCAGCUGGGUGAGCUGGGUAAAGGUGCAGGCAAAGGUGGUGGUGGUGGAGGGUCCAUCAGAGAGGCAGGCGGAGCCAUGGGGAAGAAGCAGGCUGCUGAGGAGGAGAUGUACUUCAAGCGUAAGGAGCAGGAACAGCUGGCUGCGCUGAAGCAGCAUCACCAGGAGGAGAUCGACCACCACAAAAAGGAGAUUGAACGUCUGCAGCGCGAGAUUGACCGUCAUAAGGGAAAGAUCAGGAAGCUGAAACACGACGACUGAGUGGAACCAUCCCAAUAAAAUGAUUUUGGUGUUUUCACUGUUCCAGCCAGACACACCUAGUGAUUUUUUUCUGAUUGCUGCAUGCACUGUGCCACUUAGACAGUCAUGAAUGUGUGGGUGAUUGUUCUGUAAAUGCUUGAAGGUUAUUAAAAAUCAUUCAUAAAAUA